AUCAAAUUGUGUUUUGUGAAUAGUGAAGGCACUUUGAAUUUUGGAUUUUUAAGUUUUAACUGAAACAAUUUAAGAUUAGUGCAUCAAAAUAUUUUCAGAACCUAAUAUAGUUUUUAUUUAUUAAUUAUCAAAUCAAUUGCAUUUUUUACAAUUACAUUCAUAAUGAAGAGUGAUUGAUUUGACUGUUGUACCGAAAACAAAUUUGAAACGUUCCAGUCUGAAGUGUGUAGCUAGCUCGAUAUAACUGUCAAUCUGGGUGUAGAAAUUUAUUUGUAAUUUUCACCGGUUCUCAUGUGCAAUUUCCGAAUGUGUUAGACUAUUUUUAAACCACCGUUCCUUGCGAAAUAAUGUUAUUUAGUGUAUGUGGUGUAUAAAGCAGUGCAAAAAUGGAUGACGGUUCCGUUAAAAUUCAGUCCGGGAUCAACAUCAACAUAAAAAGAACAGAUGGACGGAUCCACUCAGCCAUAGUGUCGGGCGUAAACCAGGAGUCGCGGUCGGUGACGGUGGAAUGGUACGAGCGCGGGGAGACCAAGGGCAAGGAGGUGGAGAUCGACUCCAUCCUCGCGCUCAACCCCGAGCUCAUCGGCACGAGGCAGCAGACGCCGCACCUGCAGCCCAUGCCCAACAGACUGGCCAGGGAACCGUCGGGCUCCUCGUCCGACGACGGCGGGUUCCUGCGCGACGGCGUCGAGUGCGAGACCACCGGCGACUCGGGGCACACGCUGCCCGUGCGCAACUCGAGAUCGGACAUGACACGACAGUCUAUCCCGGUUGCUACAAAAGCGCCGACGCGCGUCACCCGCAACAACCAGACGCGGGCGUCCAACGUGGGCGCGGCGUACACCAACGGGCACGGCGGCGACACGACGGGGCGGCGCGGCGUCGAGAACGUGCCGCCCGCGCCGCAGCCGCAGCCCGUGCCCAACUCGCGCAUCACGCAACAGUUCAACCAGCCAGUAACGUCAGCGAGGCCGGCGGCCGUAGCGAGUACAGUGUCGGUGCCACAUGCAGUGGCUUCUGGUGCCGUGCGGAGAUCCAAUGUAGUGAAGGAGGUUGAACGACUGAAAGAGAACCGGGAGAAGCGGAGACAGAGACAAGCCGAGCUGAAGGAGGAAAAGGAAGCCCUUAUGAACAUGGACCCAGGGAACCCGAACUGGGAAUUCCUGGCCAUGAUCAGAGAAUACCAGAACACCAUAGACUUCAGGCCGCUCAUCGGCAACGAACCCGUGGAAGACCACCAGAUCACCGUGUGCGUGAGGAAGAGGCCACUCAACAAGAAAGAGAUGGCGAAGAAAGAGGUGGACGUAAUUAGUGUACCAACAAAAGAUCAGAUGAUAGUCCAUGAACCCAAAAACAAAGUAGACCUUACAAAAUACCUCGAAAACCAGAAGUUCCGAUUCGACUACGCCUUCGACGACUCCUGCACCAAUGAAGUAGUUUACAAAUACACAGCCAAGCCACUGGUGCAGACCAUCUUCGAGGGCGGCAUGGCCACGUGUUUCGCGUACGGGCAGACCGGCUCCGGCAAGACUCACACCAUGGGUGGGGACUUCCAGGGCAAGAUGCAAGACUGCAAGAAGGGCAUCUACGCGAUGGCGGCGCGGGACGUGUUCAUGUACCUCAAGUCGCCCAAGUACAAGCCGCUCAACCUCAUCGUGUCCGCUUCCUUCUUCGAGAUAUACUCCGGAAAGGUUUUCGAUCUAUUAGCGGACAAGGCGAAACUGCGAGUGUUGGAGGACGGGAAGCAGCAGGUGCAGAUAGUGGGCCUCACCGAAAAAGUGGUGGACAACGUGGACGAAGUACUCAAGCUCAUACAGCACGGCAACGCGGCGCGGACAUCUGGGCAGACGUCAGCAAACUCGAACUCUUCGCGGUCGCACGCCGUGUUCCAAAUAGUUGUUAGAUCGCCCGGCAUGCAUCGCGUGCACGGGAAGUUCUCCCUCAUCGACCUCGCGGGCAACGAGCGCGGUGCUGACACCUCCUCCGCCAACCGCCAGACGCGCAUGGAGAGCGCAGAAAUCAACAAAUCCCUCCUAGCGCUAAAGGAGUGUAUCCGUGCGCUCGGUAUGAAGGGCAACAACCACUUACCAUUCCGAGUGUCGAAGCUCACGCAGGUGUUGCGCGACAGUUUCAUCGGCGACAAGUCGCGCACCUGCAUGAUCGCCAUGAUCUCACCCGCCAUGUCCUCGUGCGAACACUCCCUCAACACGCUGCGAUACGCCGACAGAGUGAAAGAACUAGGAACUUCAGAAGGCAGCAGAGGUCGCGCCGAGUCGCCGCAGGCUGACGUCGAAAUGGAACCUGCAAACGACGACCUCGCACACUUGCGAUCCCUUAACGAAGGCGACAUGUCAGCGGAGAUGUACACGUUCCACGAAGCGAUAGACGAGCUGCAGCGCGCGGAGGAGGAGGUGCUGGACAACCACAAGGCCAUCAGCGACUACCUGCAGUGCGCGCUCAACCGCUGCCUCACGCUGCUGGCCAUGACGCGCGACGUGGACUACGACCAGGACGCGUACGCGACGCAGUGGGAGGACCAGCUCAACGAGCAGCUGGCCGUGCUGGCGCAGUCGCGCAACCUGGUGUCCGAGUUCCGCGCCAAGAUGACGCAGGAGGAACAUAUAUCGCGCCGCAUGCACCCGCCGCGCCCGCACUAGCCGCGGAUGCGUGCGAGCAUACGUGCGUAUGUGCGUGCAUACGUGCGUGCGUGCGUGCGUGUGUGCAUGCGUCUACGUAGUGUCGAUGCCGACAACUCAAGUACAAUGCGAUCAAAGAGAAUACGAAUGUCAGAGGUUUCAUCUUUCAACCUGUCGACUGUCACUUCUGAAUAGUACGGAUGCUUCAUUCUACUUUAUUUAACUAAGUUGAUCUUGAGACCUAUAGAGUGCACCUUGACUUAGGCUGGGAUCUAAUAGAGCGUAUUUUGACUUUCACUCAGACUUUACUUGGAAAUAAAACGAGACAGAUUUUGUAUUAUUUAUUGGCUUACUGAUUUAAUUGGCUUCAGCUGUCAAAAUUAAAGGUUUUCAAAUAUAUUAUAGGCUUCAGCUGUCAAAAUUUUAAAUGUUUUCAAGUAUAUUAUUGGCUUAAGCUGUCAAAAUCAAACGUUUUCAAAUCUAUAAUUAGCUUUAGCCGGCCAAAUUAAACGUUUUCAAAUUUAUUACUGAUCGAUUGCAGAUAGACAUGUUGCAAAGUUAAAAAGUAUUCUAUUAUUGGCUUCAGCGGGCCAAAUCAAACGUUUUCUAACUCGCUUCGGCUGUCCAAAUUAAAUGUAAUAAUCAUCACCUUAUCUUCAGCUGCCAAAAUAGUAUAUGUGCUGAUUGCUUUAUUUAGGCUGAUUGCGAUUGCUUUGUGCAAUUACUCCACGGGAGGAUAUGGAACGCCCUUCCAGCAUCAGCUUUCCCCUCCACUUUUAAUAUGGGUACCUUCAAGUCAAGAGUGAAUAGGCAUCUUCUAGGCAAGCGUGCCCCAUCUUAGGCUAAAUCAUCACUUGCCAGCAGGUCUGAUUGUAGCCAAGCGUUAAUCUAUAAAUUAAAAAAAGGUAAUAUUACUUGAGUCGGUAGUUUUGAGUUUCGCCGCAUCGACACUAGGUGCGUGUUUUACGUAGGCCUAGUUCCACGAUAUGUUACGCUGAACUGUGGUCCUAUUAACAAGGAAAUUGUAUUAAUGCUCGCCACUGACUUACGUUACAAUGCUUCGUUAUACUUCCAACACUAAGAGAUUUUGAGUAAAUAGAAAACAUAAAGUUUUUAACUGUAUACUCAAGCCUGGUUGGUUAAAAAUAGGUUUUAUUAUGUUGUCCAUUUACAUAUCUCUCUUAUGUCUAUGAUUUAAAGUCCACGUUUGAAUUUAAUUCAGACAUGAGAUGCUGAUCAAUUCCGAAAAAAUUGAAUCAAUCAUUAUCACAGUCCCAAUUGUUGUGAUUGACUGAAUUUAUGGUAUUUUUGUUCAUAUGUGUAUGUGCUGCACUUAAGUGAUGCUGCGUAAGUCAGUGACGACCUUAAUAAAUUGAUGCCUAAUGACAAAUUUGACGGUAAUAACUAAAAAUAGAAAGAAUAUGAAAUAUGUGAAAAUUUUUAGUACAGUAUUGUAACUAGAAAUAUUAUAAUAAAGUGAUGUUUGUAACUAAGUUGUGCUUAAAAAGAAAUCUAAAAGUUGUGACUGCGAUCAAAAUAGUUUUGCCCUAUUUUGUAGAAUAAAGGUCCUCGCAAACAGGUGCGAAACACCAGGCGGAAUAUCGGCCAAAAAUACCAACCUAAACUCUGCUGUACACUAGUACAAAUAUACUCAAGACAGUAGGGUUAGUACGACUUCGCACAUCACGAAAAUGUUACAUUUCGAGUAUCGAAAUAGCGUCAAAGUAAAAUAGACUUAAGUCUUGUUUUAAAUCUCAAAUUAGUCCAAAUAUCUCCAGCCAACCCCUAAGCGAAAUUUUGCGUGAUAUAAAAAUGCGCUGGAUGAAGAACCUCUUUUCAAAUUGUUUUAUCAGUAUACUGAAUAUAGACCUUCAAACAGGACUUCGUCUGUGUUGGUGUUAGCUGGCGGGCCUGCUCUGCCUUUUUGGAGUGUUUUAUUGGUUAAAACUGACUGGAAAGCGCUCUAAGGGGGAUGCCGUGCGUAUGU